GUAGGAUUGAAUGAAACAUAUACUAUAAUUUAGUACCUUAGUAAUUUAAUAAGAUCCCAAAUACCUACCCACAAACAAUUUUUUUUUUCAAGCCCACCCAAAAUCCAUCAAGGCAACACUCAAUACCUUUUCUAACAGGCAAUUCAACAAACACUAUCAAGGCAUCAAAAUUUCUCCACUCAAUCACAGCAAACUCCCAUGGAGUUUUUCACCAAAACCAAGGCCGUAAGGCUCAAAAGCCACCUGAACAAGUACCUAGUCGCCGGAGACGACCAGAUUUCCACACGGCAGAGCAGCAACGGCGCCGCCAGAAAGGCGCGGUGGCUGGUGGAGCUCGUCGACGACAACCCCCGCGCCGUCCGCCUCAAGAGCUGCCACAACCGCUACCUAACGGCCUCGAGCGAGCCCUUCUUGCUGGGGAUGACCGGCCACAAGGUGCUCCAGACACUACCGGAGGACGGCGGCGCGUGGAAUUCGGAGAUCGAGUGGGAGCCGAUUAGGGACGGGUUCCAGGUGCGACUGAGGGGGUUUGGGGGAAAGUACCUGCGGGCCAACGGCGGGACGCCGCCGUGGAGGAAUUCGGUGACGCACGACAGCUCGCACGCCGGAGCCGCCACCAACGGCUGGAUCGUGUGGGACGUGGAGGCGGUUGAGGUGCCGGAGGACGAGGCGACGGCGGAUUACUGGUCCAUGGUUUCGAGCUUCUCGUCCUUGUCCGAUGAGAUAUCGGGCCUGGAGUCCGAAUUCGGGUUCGGGUCUCCGAUUUCCGUGAGGUCCGGAAUCUCCGGCUCGCCGUCGCCGUCGCGGUCGCCACGGCGGAGAUGGUUGUCCAUGAAAAAGAGUCUUCAAUCCCCACAAAGCCCCUUGUCCCCAAUCUCCAGAACCCCUGCCAUGGACCUGUUCCGCAAAGCCAAAUCCGUCCGCCUGAAAAGCUCCCACGACAAGUACUUAAUCGCCGACGACGACGAGGAGUCUGUCCGCCAGGACCGCAACGGCUCCUCCAAAUCCGCCCGGUGGAACGUCGAAUUCGUCGACAGCUCCGACUCCAUCAUCCGCCUCAAGAGCUGCUACGGCAAGUACCUGACGGCGUCGAACCAGCCGUUCCUGCUCGGCGUCACCGGCCGCAAGGUGCUCCAGACGCUUCCGCGGCGUCUCGACAGCUCCGUCGAGUGGGAGCCGAUCCGGGAGAACGGCGCCGUCAAGCUGAAGACGAGGUACGGCCAGUUCCUGCGGGCGAACGGGGGUUUGCCGCCGUGGAGGAACUCGGUCACGCACGAUAUCCCACACAGGACGGCGACGCAGGACUGGGUCUGCUGGGAGGUUCAUGUGGUGGAGAUAGCUCCUCCGCCGAUGUCGGCGGCGCCGGCGGCGGGAAAGGACGAUGUUUUGGCUUCUGAUUCGAGCUCCCCGACCACAAGUUAUUCGUCCAAAUCUGCUAGUUUUUCCAGACAAGAGUCGAAUGAUUCAUUUGUUAGUUCUCCCCCUAAGGGAAAUGAUGGCCGGUUGAUUUAUUUCCAUCUAGCUGAUGAAAAUGGGGAAAUUGACGAGGAUUUUGAGGAGCUUUGCAUCACAUUCAAGGGUAAUGAAGUGAACGAACUUACUAAGAGGCUCGAGGGCGAAUUAGGAAUUAGUGGCCUCACAGUGUGUACUCGUAGUCCGUUAAACGGCAAACUUUAUCCUCUUCGUUUGCAGCUUCCUCCCAAUAAUUCGACCAUGCACGUUGUUGUAAUCCCCCCAGCAUCAAAAGUGAAUCAAGAAUCUGAUAAAAUGGAGGCUCCAUUGUAGAAGCAACUAAUUGGAAAUCCCAACAGUUUUGUUUUUGCUCGGUGCUUCAUAUUUAUGUACAUCCAGCUAAGGUGCUCUUGGUCUCGGGUCGUUGUUCUUAAUGAGUUUGAACCAAAGAGAAAUAAAAUGCAGUUAAGCAUUUUGUAUAUAAUUAUUUAGAAGGACUGAAGAUAUGAACUGUAAUUCGACUUCACAGCCCUUUUGGCUGUGCCUAUGUUCUUCUGCUUGUUCUUCUUUUUCAUCUAUACACUUUUUGGGCCUUGUUUUUUGUUCAUAUAAUGAGUGAGGUUCGGCUUGAUUGCCCAGUUUAUGUAGUUUUCUCUUCAUCAUAUUAUAAAAUCUAUGGUACAGGAUCGAGUCACACCCGGUGCAUGCUGUGAAAAUUUUCGAAUUUUUCUACCUUUUUUUUAUUUGCCCAUUUUCACUUUUGCAAUUAUCAAUUAGGGAUUAGAUAUUUUUAGAUACAU